AUGCAAUUCUCCACAGCUUCCGUUAUGACUUUAGUCCUCGGUCUAGGACUCUCAGUUCAAGGAUACACACUUCCUCGUGCACUUAAUAAAGCCAAUGAGUAUCCAGAAGAAAAUGGUAAGAAUUCUAUUACUUACAUAAACAAAUCCCGAAAUUUCCUUAUUUUGGCCAAAGAUGGAUCCAACACGCCUACAUGGGCCCACACACCAAGUCUUUGUGCCUGCGUCUCUCUUGACAAGACAGAUGUCUCUGCCUAUUUGGUUGCUAUGUCCGGGCAGCGUAUGCUUGCAUACUCCAAUCAGAACUGCAACCCCGGAACAAACGGCGAAGAUGGUCUCGGCGAUAUCGGUGGGGGCUGCGCCGAAUUGGACACGCACUUCACGGCAGGCAGAAUCGGAAGUGUUUACUGGUAUACACCAGCUAUUUGCGAGAUUGGAGAGGCAAUCCUGGCUGGCUUCGAAGCUUUCGUUACCGACGCCACUAAAAUGGCGCUCGAUGGAAUCAUCGAGGUUCCGAAAUAA